GUUGGGAAAACUAAGGCUCUGAAAGAUAAAGUGAUUGCACAUGCCACACAACUUGUGUCAACUGGGAUUUGAAGCUGAGAUCUGUCUGAUUCUAUUGUGUUCUGUGGCCUUGGGCCUGGUGAUGGAACAGGUGUUGGGGAGAGCAUGCAAGUGAAGGUGGUGUUACAGUUACGAUGCGAGAAGGAGAGCUGAUGUGGAUUAGACCCAGCCAAUUAAGAGGAGAUGGAAGUACAAACUCUUACUUGAAAAACAGCAUCCUGGUGAAUGUUCUGGAAGGAACAGAAGCUCAUUUGUCAUUCACUCAACUGACAGAAACGAUAUUGCGAAAGCUACUCCACUUUAUUUGGGCACAGUUGGGUAUAAAAAGAAGUCUGUGCCUUCUCUGUGUCUUUUAGAGCCUGUGACCGAGUUGAAGAGACAAGACUUGGACUCACUGAGAGGGACUCAUGGAAGCCGCCCACCCACCAGCCGAGCAUCAGCUGAGCCCUGGGGCUGAUGCUUGCCCACACUGCUGAGAAUGGCACCAAGGCCCAGUCUGGCACCAGGACAGAAGUUAACCCAGGACACGCCUGGACAGUGAUCCUGAUGUCUGUUCUGAGCUGCUCACUCAAGGGUGUGAUAACCCCGGUGGGCACCAUGGCUUCUGCCGAGCCCCUGACGGCGCUGUCCCGCUGGUACUUGUACGCCAUCCACGGCUACUUCUGCGAAGUGAUGUUCACGGCGGCCUGGGAGUUCGUGGUGAACUUUAACUGGAAGUUCCCAGGGGUCACGAGCGUGUGGGCCCUCUUCAUCUACGGCACCUCCAUCCUCAUCGUGGAGCGCAUGUACCUGCGCCUUCGGGCACGCUGCCCCCUGCUGGUGCGCUGCCUCAUCUACACACUCUGGACCUACCUGUGGGAGUUCACCACCGGCCUCAUCCUGCGCCAGUUCAACGCCUGCCCCUGGGACUACUCCCAGUUCGACUUUGACUUCAUGGGCCUCAUCACCCUGGAGUACGCCGUGCCCUGGUUCUGCGGGGCCCUCAUCAUGGAGCAGUUCAUCAUCCGCAACACCCUCCGCCUCCGCUUUGACAAGAACGCUGAGCCGGGGGAGCCCGGGGGCCCCCUCGCCCUGGCCAACGGCCACGUCAAGACUGACUGAGUCAUGGGGGGAGCUGGUGGGUGGGGCCCGGGGGUCUCCCAUGGAAUCCAUGGUCAAUGGCCAAGCCCCCCCUGUACAGCACAAGCCCUGCCCCCCUGCCUCCAUAGCCUCCACUGUGGGCUGGUGUUGGGGUCAAGGGUUGGGGUCUGGGGGAUGUUGGGGCAGCAGAGGGACACUGGGGAGGGUCCAUGAACUUUGGCCUAGCUCGGAAGAUGGCGGCCUGCGGCUGGGCAGUGAUGGGGCUACGUGGUUGACUUGGGAAGCAGCAGGCCCUGUCCUUGCUAAGGGUUGUUGAGAAGGGGGUAGAAGUUGAGAGGCAAGGCCUGAACAGGCUUUGGGCUCUGAUGUGAGUGUAGCUGGGCUUUGGCUGGUUCCAUUAGGCAAUAUUCAGGUGCUUGCUUGCAACCAAUACCUCCCUGGGGGCCUGCUGAGCUGUAGCCUAAGGAGAGACUGGGCAGCAGUGCUGGUCUGCAAGGGCUGGGAGGCCUUCCCUUGGCUCCUCUCCCCUCCCCCAGGGCCCCACACUGCUCCCUCUCCCUUCUGGGGCCCCCCUGGUGCUGGAUUCCCACCAACCUUGGGCUUUUGCAGGUUUCAAUCCAUCCCCGUGUGUUCGGUGGCGUUUCCCCCUUUUCUCUCUUACGUUCAAGGCCUUUACCAGUAAGCAGUGCUUUUAUUCUUGUCAGUCACCCCACCCGCCCCCAGCCCCAUCCCCAGCUCCCUCACCAACACAGCAGCUGCCAGUUAAACCCUGAGAGACCCCACCCUUGCCCUCUUGCAGCCUCUCCUCCACUACGCUGGCCUGAUGCCUGGGGAGUUCCCACUCUACGCCUCCCCACCCAGGUCUCCUGGGCUCUGUCAUUGCCCCUGGUGCUUUUCUCCGUGCCCCCUCCCCACAGUGGCCCAGCUGAAAACAAAUGCUACCCUCCAAUGCAUAGUCAGGCCAAGAAAAGUUCUGCAGACCCAUAAUGGGGGACUUAGAGACAGGUCUGUCUGGUGGGGGUAAAGGCAGUUUUCAGUCACCUCUGCCCUGGCUGGAUUAUUUUUACGUCAAUCAGGAGCAAUCAAACUUUCCAGGGGUGGAGGAGCAGGUUGCCGGUGUUAGAGACCCAUGGAGUAUUGAGUGAGCAUUGAAUUCAGCCUUGGAAGGUUCUUUGGAGCAUACAUAGUGGGAAGGGAGCAGUUCUGGUUCUGUUGCCAAACCUGCUUAGGGCUGUCCCCUCUCCCCCCACCUCAGCAAGGCUGCCCCUGUGUGCUUACUCCUGAAACAGUGUUAGCCCUGCCACAUCUUGAGCAUCACCACCGUGGUUGCUCCCCUCCCUGUGACAGGUCCAUUGCUGGCAGUGGACAGGUGAAAUCCUCACUCCAGCCCACCUCUGGCGCUACCCCUACUGCCUGAGAACGCAGCCCAUCCCCUGGUACAUGGUCUCUCGACUAUACUAGAACUCUCUUAGUAGAAAUUAACAUUUCCCUUCAGAUCAUUAAAGAGUAUUGAUAUGAUAAUACACCUAUGGAGAGAAUCUCCUGUUGCUUGCUGUGCAGCUAGAGCUUGCAGACAGCACAGGCCCGGGCAAGUGGGGACGGGAGUGGAGUCCUGGGUCGGGAGAGGCUGGAGAGCCUGACUUGGGCAGGAUUAUUUCCUGCAGUUGGUCCUGCCCAGGCCAGGAUGAAGGGCAUUUCCCAGCCUCUCUUUCCUCAAAUCCAGGGAUUAACUCCAUUCUGCAGGAGCCAGCCCUGCCUUUGAGUUUACUGUGGCUCCACUUCCAGGGCCUUAGGGGUUAUAAGGGGGAAGGGAGGGUAGAUUGCUUUCCUUCUACAGGUAGAGGAGAUUUCAGAGAAUAUCGUUUGGCUCCUCUGUUCCCUCCAGAUCUCUCCCUUUACUCCACGUUAUCUCAGUCUCCUGGUCCCCAGCACCCCUCCAGGCCCCCCACGUGGGCCCCUAGACCACACCAUCCACCUUCACUCCCCCUUCCAUGACUGAGUCUGGUCAGCUUGCCAGUGUCUCCCAGCUUAGGGCCUCCAUGAUUCUCAGCCAGAGCAAGACCUUGGAUGCCCCAUGGGCGUUCACCACUCCAGCUGUGGCCCCGUGGACAUUCCCUGGCACCAUCUCUUCGGGCCCAAUAUGGUCCCAAGUGUAAGAGCUCCUGGAGCAAACCUGCCUGCCAGGAAACUCAGAGUUUCAUCUAGGUGCCCCAUUGCGCCUACUGCCCCUCGUAGGGCAUGGAGACCCCAGCAAAGAGAGGCAGCAACCCACGGCCUGGCCACGGGGUCUGUAGGUUCAGCUCUCACCAGGGGUAGCCCACACUUCAGUUCUUGCUUUUUUUUGGGGGGGGGGGGGAUCUGCAGGGCCCUAAUUCCUUAGUACCCAGGGACUCAAAAUGUGGUGUCAUCCCAGCCCUGCCAAAGCAGCGGGGUACUGGUGGGGAGAGUCUGCUCACUGCUUAUGAACCUCUGGGCCUCUCCACUGGACACAGCAGAAUCUCUGCCUUACAGAUAGCGAUACGCUGCCCUGCAUGGUAGAACUGCUUCUGAUGCCCCCCUCCCCUCCCUGGAUCCUGUCCCCUCUCUGAUGCCAGUGAGGCACAAUGGCCUAUGCUUAUUCACAGCAAUAAUACCCAGGGGGUGCCCGUGAUGUCCUUUUGUCCCUCGCUCUGUAUGGGUCUCUUGGGGAGGCAGCCACUGAGUGGGUCAGUUCAUGAAAACCUGUCUUUAUGAAGCUUUGGACUGUGCAGCCACCAUCAUCACAGGAUGCAGAAAGGAGAGAGGCUCCCAGCCUUGAGAAGCUUGUGGCCAAGGCAGGGAGAGUGAGUGCCUUCCACCCUGAGGCCACCCAGACCUGGAGAAGCUGCAGGCCCCGACUCUGCACAAGGGCCUUUGAAGUGGGUGGGACUGUCUGCGGGCAGCGCUUCAGAAGGACACGUGCUUGGUGUGUGCACCCAUCGCCUGCUCUGUAUCUCCCUCCGUUGGUCUCUAUGUCUCUUCCUUUUCACAUCCGUGCACAUAAAAUAUACUGGUGUUUGUGUUCCA